AUGGCCGAGGACCCCAGUCCCCUCAUGGCCAAGGACCCCAGUCCCCUCAUGGCCGAGGACCCCAGUCCCCUCAUGGCCGAGGACCCCAGUCCCCCUCAUGGCCGAGGACCCCAGUCCCCCUCAUGGCCGAGGACCCCAGUCCCCCUCAUGGCCGAGGACCCCAGUCCCCUCAUGGCCGAGGACCCCAGUCCCCCUCAUGGCCGAGGACCCCAGUCCCCCUCAUGGCCGAGGACCCCAGUCCCCUCAUGGCCGAGGACCCCAGUUCCCCUCAUGGCCGAGGACCCCAGUCCCCUCAUGGCCGAGGACCCCAGUCCCCCUCAUGGCCGAGGACCCCAGUCCCCUCAUGGCCGAGGACCCCAGUCCCCUCAUGGCCGAGGACCCCAGUCCCCCUCAUGGCCGAGGACCCCAGUACCCCUCAUGGCCGAGGACCCCAGUCCCCCUCAUGGCCGAGGACCCCAGUGUCCUGCCCUCGCUGCUGAGGCCCUGGGUUCUGAGUCGCGGAUGUGGAAGAAGGCGUCCUAG